UUGGCUAUUGAAAAAAUAACGGAAAGUUCAUUCACACAGAGGUUGUCUGGCCUUUUUGGCAAUUUACAUCAUCACCAUCAUCAUCAUAUCAUCAUCAUCAUCAUUUUAGCCAUUGUCUAUCCACUGCAGAAUGAAGGCUUCUACUGCACGUUUCCAACCAAUACAAUCCUGAGCUUUAUUUUGCCAAAUAUUAAUAGACCUAAUAUCCCUGUAAAAAUUUAUAGUGUAAUUAUACAUGAUAAAUGGAUGCAAUCUUUUUCUCACUAUGUAGCAACUGCACUUGGUAGAUGGGGUCUUGAGGAUAAGCCUUACAGCAAAACAGAUGAAUUCAUAAUGCAUACCAAUGGGAUGUGCAGCCUCACAAAAGUUACCAUGUGGCUUCUGUUGUUCUGUAUGUUUGUCAAGAAUGUGUUCCCUACUGGAGAUGACACCAUCAUUGCUACUAAGAAUGGAAUGGUCAAAGGUAUUCAUUUACCUGUGCUUGGUGGAACAGUAACUGCAUUUCUUGGGAUUCCUUUUGCAACACCACCAAUUGGUAGUCUACGUUUCAAAAAGCCACAACCUCGAGAACAAUGGAAAGGAACUUGGGAUGCCACUAAGUAUCCCAAUUCUUGUUUUCAACUCCCAGAUAAUACUUUCCCUGGCUUUGAAGGAUCAGAGAUGUGGAAUCCAAACACAAAGCUUAGUGAAGACUGCCUUUAUCUCAAUGUAUGGGUUCCUUCUCCCAAGCCUAAAAAUGCAUCAGUCAUGGUAUGGAUUUAUGGAGGUGGCUUCCACAGCGGGACAUCUUCACUCUCUGUUUAUGAUGGCAAGUUUCUAGCUCAAGUGGAAAGAGUCAUUGUUGUGUCAAUGAACUAUAGAUUAGGGCCUUUUGGAUUCUUAGCUUUGCCAGGAAAUAAAGAUGCACCAGGAAAUGUAGGUUUGUUUGAUCAAAGGCUAGCACUUCAAUGGAUCCAUGACAACAUAGGAGCCUUUGGAGGUAAUUCUAAAAGUGUGACCUUGUUUGGAGAAAGUGCAGGAGCAGGGUCUGUAAGCUUCCAUCUUCUUUCUCCUCAAAGCUAUCCUCUCUUCACUAGGGCCAUCAUGCAAAGUGGAUCUGGGAAUGCUCCUUGGGGUACAAUUUUAUCAUCUGAAGCAAGAAGAAGAACUUUAAUUCUAGCUGAACUCCUCCACUGUACUGGCAAAAAUGAAACUGAGAUCAUUUUUUGUCUUCAAAACAAAGAUCCCAAAAUUAUAUUGGAGAAAGGAGGAGAUAUUUUAAUAUACACUGGUCUCAUAAAUCUGCAUUUUUGUCCCAUAGUUGAUGGUGACUUUCUUGCUGAUAUGCCAGAAAUAUUGCUGAAAAAUGGACAGUUUAAACAAACACAGAUCUUGAUAGGAGUAAACAAAGAUGAGGGUACAACUAUUCUUGUGUAUGGUGCUCCUGGCUUUAGCAAAGAUAACAACAGUGUUAUCAACGAAACAGAAUUCCAGGCAGGUUUGAAAGUUGCCUUUCCACAAUUAAAUGAAAUUGGAUUGGAAUCUAUUGCUUUUCACUACACAGACUGGGAAGAUGAGAAGAGUAUUUUCAAUUAUCGUGAUGCCAUGGAUGAUAUCGUUGGGGAUUACUAUUUCAUAUGCCCUGCAGUAGAGUUCAUAAAACAGUUUGCCUUGGCAGGGAACAAUGCUUUUUUUUAUUUCUUCGAGCACAGAUCUUCAAAACUUGCUUGGCCAGACUGGAUGGGAGUUCCACAUGGUUAUGAAAUUGAGUUUGUAUUUGGAUUACCUCUAGAGCAAAGAGUUAAUUAUACUAAAGCAGAGGAAGCAUUGAGCAGAUCUAUACUGAAGUACUGGGCAAAUUUUGCAAAAACUGGAACACCCAAUGGAAGUCAGAUUAAUGGGAUAAGAUGGCCAAUCUUCACAACCAAUGAACAAAACUACUUAGCAUUAAGCACAAAUGCUGCAGAGAUUCAAACAAAAUUGCGUGCUCAGACGUGUAGAUUCUGGAACAUCCUUUUUCCUAAGGUUCUGGAGAUGACAGAAAAUAUUGAUGAAGCAGAACAAAAGUGGAAAGCAGGAUUCCUUCGCUGGAACAAUUACAUGAUGGACUGGAAAAAUCAAUUUAAUGAUUACACUAGUAAUAGGCAAAGCUGCACAGGUCUCUAAUUAAAAGUUUCAGCUUUUCUGGAAUGCUUGUACUGUCAAAGAUCAAGGCAAACAUGGAGACAGUUAAUGUAGCAUAUCUAGCAAUAAGGCAUAUUAGGCAGGCUCAGUGACCCAUUACAAAUAUACCAUUCUUCCAGGCCCAUUUCUAUUUAUAUCAAUAAUUGUUAUGAAAGGACUUCCACCUUUUGAAGCAUCAGGAAAUGUAAAAUAGGCUUGAAGCAAUUAAAGCCAGAGGAUGAUUGAUGUUGAUAUAAUGGCCCCAAUCCGAUAGUAAAUUAUACUCUUUUUCUUUUAAAACAAGCUGGUUGUGCUAGCUAUGAGUGAUGAUAUUGUUACAUAUUGGAAUAUGCAACUCACUUAAGAAGAAGCUUCAAAGGUUAAAUCUUCUUUGGCCAUUUGGCAAAUGGAAUUGUGUACCUUCCAGGAAGGUGCAUACUAGCCCAUUCUAUACCCACUUAUUUUCAGAAAUAUCUGAAAAUAAGCUUUGACUGAAUGUGGUAAGAAUGUGGUCAAGACCCAGGCUUCAGAAUAUGGUGAGCACUGAAAGUCUUUACAAACUUUUGCUUCAACACAGAAAGAUAAGUAGAAGAAGGGGAAUAUGACCCAUUGCUCCACCAUAACGAGCUUUUCUAAAUGCUUGCCAAAAAAAAAAAAAAAAACCUUCAUUUGACAGCUUCCACAAUCUUUCCAUUUACCCAACAUGACUGUCACUAAUGGAAGCUGACACCUGAAACAUAUAAAAGUGAUCAGGUUCCAUAUCCCUAGACUACAUCCUCGUUUAGGUCUGAAUUCAGAUAUGUAGCUGAAUGCACACCUCAGUUAUGCGGCAAUAUAAUUAUGCAACUAUAAUAACCAGAUUGGGGUAAUACUGUCCAAACAAGAAUUUUCAAUGCAAUGACAAUCACAACUGCUUUUUCCUUUAGCACACCAUAGAAAUACCAGCAGCAUAAUAGCAAACCCUUCAUUUCCAACACAGUGUCAUGGCAUUUUAAUCUUGUUUCAGUUUUAGUAUAAUAUUAUGAGAAAGAAAAAGUCCUUCCAGGACUUUUGUCCUCCAUGGUGACAAUAAUCACAGAAGACAACAAUAUGCAGUACAAUAAUUGCAAAUGUUUACUCACUCAAAGCUUCAAUACACUUGGUCCUUUAAUAUAUUUUUCAGUUCUGGUACAACUAAUUAGCAGUAUGCUCUGCUGAUCAACAGUUUUCCUGACUAAUUUAAGCAGAGAUUAUUAAUAUAAAAAUCUAAAUCUGUAAUCAAAUACCCAAAGUUGUCUUUUACCAUCUUGAUUCCAAAAGAUUUCCCAAUAUGAAAAAGGUGCCAAAAGGAAUAGCAGCAAACAAUAACAAACAGGAUAGUAAACUGAAGAAUUAAGAAAUGCUCAAACUAACACAUUGACACACCAUCACAUAUAACUAGACCCUCUUUUCUACUUUUUAACCUGAAGUGUUGGACUCUGGCUUUUCUAUCAGUCUUGUCAUGGUAUCUUAUUAAAAUUUAGAAGGAGGUUUGUGGGAUCCAGUUGCUUGGGGACAAGUCCUCAAUAUGGAACUUUAGAUCCUCACUUAGGGUAUUUCUUUUUAUUCAUCAGCCAUAUGUGAUUCCUUCCAACAUAUAUCAAACCUUUGGUAUCCUGCAUGACGUUGUACUUUAUCACUUUUUAUUGAUAAAAUCAUGCUUCCAGAUGGACUGUAUAGAUCAUUAACCCUGAUUAUUUUUCUGGUAACUGGAAAAGAUGAGUGCUGAGUGUGCUUGUAAAGAUGUGAUGCUCCAUGCAAGCAUGGAUUUUCUCUGGAUCAGAUAACCUUUGGCUUCUGCAUCUCCAAACAUGCUUCCCACAGUUACUAGGAAAUGUUGUUAGGAAGUAUCCCCAACUUUACAAGAAAAAAAGCUUUGACAUCAAAGAGAGUUUAAGAGUUGUUAAAUAUCUUGCUUCAAUGAAAGAGAAACAUUCCAAAGAUCAAACCUUCAUUCACAAAUUACACUAGUUUUCCCUAUAGGAGUCAGAGAAGAACAGAAUGGUUUCCUUGAGAUGGUUCAAGUGCCAUACUACAAUGUGAAACAUUUUUUUCCUGUAAUCCCAUUUCUCCUGGGCAUGUGAUGAAAAUGUUUAUCUGUAGUUCUCAUUUGCAGAAUGCUUUGCAAUUCUCCAAUUUAUUUGUUCUUGUAACAUCCCUGUGUAGCAGUUCAGCAUUGUUCUUAGUAUACAAUUUAUUAACAGCACACUCUCGUACAGGUUUGUUCACAGAUUUAUUCCUCUGAGUACAAUGAGACUUAUUCCCAAACACAUUAAUUAGACAUGCAAUAAAAUAAACUUUAGAACUGGCUUCUCGUCGGGAUUUUUAAAUUGCCUCUUGCUCUAUAGGUAACAUGAGUGAUGCUAUGUAAAAGGAAUUAGCAGGGUUGGGAAACUGCUGAAAGAGAAGAACACUUAAAACACACACACACACUGUGAUUUUUAAAUUAAAUAUUUUUACUGCACUCACACACACACACACACACACACACACACACACACACGCAGUAAAAAUAUUUAAUUUGAAAAUCCAGUGCAAAGAGAUCUGAUUGAAUUAUCCCUUUACAUGAAAUUGUCAAUUCUAAUUUUAGAAUCAAUUUGACAUUUGAAAUUGAAUUGGAUGCUUUUGAACCAAUUCAGUGGUUUAAGGCAGGGGUCCCCAACCCCUGAUCUGUGGAUUGGUACCGGGCCACAGCAUGCCAGCAACAUGGUCCGCACAAGCAAGCAAAUUCUCAUCUGUAGGAUGCAGGCAGCACACAAAAUCACAUUCUCUGGUCCGUGGAAAAACCUUUCUCCAUGGAACCGGUCCUUGGUGCCCAAAAGGUUGGAGACCUCUGGUUUAAGGCAUGCUUGAGUAUUCACAAACCCACAUUUUUUUCUGAAUUGGAUUCAUGACCUACAUCAAAUAGAUAUGAUUGGAUAAUUCACAUAUCAUCAAGGGUGACUACAAUUUUAUUUUUCAACACAAACUUAACUUCUGGUGAUUUCAUGGACCUGUCCAAGAGCUUUCUUGACAAUAGAAUAAAAGUUGCUUGUUAUUGU